AAGAGGAGAGAAGAAAAAGGCACUGUGACAACAUUAAUGAUUAUAAAAGGUUAGCUGAAACUAUAAAUAUUGGAGGUAUAAAAUUUUCAAGUAGUUGGGCUGAACAUUUCAAGCAACAAUAUAGAUUAGUAAAAUGUGCCCGAACUCAAAUAGCACAAAAAAUCUCUGAGGAUAUGCCUGUAAUCAUUAAAAAUUUUCUUAAAACAUUGCAUGAAAAAGCUCAUAAUAUUGAAAAAAAAUAUAUCUUAUCUUUCGAUGAAACUUCUAUCCGGGAGAAACUCCCACCAAUAGUAAUCUUUAAAUUGAAAAAAAAACCUAAAGGCAAAUUCCCACGAGAUAUCAUAAUAGCAACAGCGCUAUCUGCAAUCAUAACUGGCAAUUUAAUAAUUUCCACUUACAUUCCAUGGGUUAUCAGAGCUAGACAAAAUAGAUUUUUUAAAAACAAAGGUAUUAUUUUUGUUGAUGCAUAUCAUAGUCAUAAUCGUAAUAAUGUAAUUAGAGCAUUUAACACAGAAGGCUUGAAUGUGUUAGAAAUACCUGGAAGAACUACUAGUGUUUUGCAGCCACCAAACGUCUCUGUUAACAAGCCUUUUAAAAAUGAAAUGAAAAAAAGAGAUAUAGAAAGAAAUAUUUUGGUCAAAUCUUUCGAAGCAUCAGGUCUUACACUUGAUCCUAAUGGUAGCGAAGAUGAUAAAAUGUCGCACCACUUCAAAGCUAUUGUCGAAAAUCGUCUGGAUGAAUUGUCAAUCGAUGACGAAGAAGCGCCAAAUUAUGAUAAUGGUGAGCUAGAUGAUGAUGAACUGGAUAAUGGUGAGUCAGAUGAUGAUGAACUGGAUGAUAGUGAGUUAGAUGAUAAUGAGCUAGAUUUUGGUGAGCUGGAUUAUGGUGAGCUGAACGAUAGUAAGCCAAACGAUG